ACCCCAGCCCUCGCGCCGACGGUCCGAGCCGUCUCGAUCACCACGCAGCUCAUCAUCCCCUGCGCCGAAGGGAACAGAUCAGAGCCAGCCGAGCCAGCGCGGCGCGGUCGCCUUUGCCCUGCCCUGCACUGACCGUUGGAGAGCCAAGCAACCCAACCCAAGCGCUCUUCUCUUCUCCUCCUCUUCCUCCCAAAUCGAUCGGGAUCCGAUGCGCACGGAGGAGGAAGGAGCAUGGUGAGGACGCCCGAGAGGAGCUACUCCUGCUCCUCCGCCAAGGAAGUCGCCUACAGCUGUGGUUACUGUGGCUAUGCAUUGAACCUGAGCUCCUCAACACGGAACACAGCGAACAUUGGAUCCAAGUAUGGUAAGCAGAUCAGGAAAGGUGUAAUCUCAUUCUUUGCGAUCGACGAGAGUCGGUUCACACAAACUGAUGAGGUGAGCUGCAUGCCAUACUUCCAUUCAAGGCGCUCCUGGGGUUUGUUCAGAAAGAGGACAAGGUUGAUCUGCCGCAAAUGUGGUGGCCGUAUCGGUAAUGCUUAUGAGGAUGAGGAUUCCACAUUGUAUGAUGGUUCAGAUGAUUUGCACAUGAGCUCCGAGGGCUACAGCAUGUCGAGUGGAAAGAAAUAUGUUAUCAAGAUUAAUGCACUGCAGCCUUCAACCGAUGACUCUGGUGUUCCCUUCACCCUGUGAUGCUGUUCUGAACUUCUGCAGUAUGCACUUUUCGAUUCUUGCCUUGCGCUAUACUGGACUGUCAAUCAAGUAACUGCAGAACCAAGAGAUUACGUGCUAGUGUGUAACUGUAUAUUUUGAUAGGAAUGCUGAAUUUUGCCUACCUGUAUUUAUAAAAUGGAAGAGUUUGUUGUCUAUUUACAUAUACAUUCAGAGUUCAGUGGGUGUGCAACUGUGCAUCAUGGACCUGGAUUUGGCAAUCCAUAUUUGGGCAAAUGUUUAGUUAGAAAUCAGGUUUCUGAUGAUGUUCAGUGGUGUGUACUUGUGUCUUGUACUGAAAUAUUGUAGUGUCUUUUGAUUUUUUGUGUAUCUAAAGAAUGAUGUAAAUCUUCAGCUAUUCUAAACGGCAGUUUUUUUUUGUUUGUGUUUUGAAGCUAUGCCAA